UGGCUAAACAGCAAAAGAGAAGAAGAAUUAACGUAGUACCUCAUCAAUUUGUUUUCUAAAUAUACAUAGAAUAUAAUAAUUAUGGAAUUAUUAACUGGUAAUGUUGAACAUUAUACACCUCCGGCGGAUCAUUUGAAACCCUUUAAGCACUUGAAUUGUACACAACCCGAUUGUAACAGUACAUUUACAAAUCAAUCCAAUUUUGAAAUGCAUUUGGAGAAACAUCAUCGAGUCUCUGUCGUAGGAGGAAGCCGAUCUUUUAACCUGCGAUUGUAUCAUUGCCCCGAAUUGAAUUGUAUUUAUCAAUUCGGCAAAGUGGAUGGAAAACAUUUCAAAACAAUGAAAUAUUUGCGGCAGCAUUAUCAAAAAGUUCAUUUGGCCAAGAGUUUUGUUUGUGAAGACUGUGGAAAAGCGUUCACCUUGGAUAGUCAAUUAAGGAAACAUAAACGUGAUGUGUGCGGCAAGGCAUUUGCAUGCCGAGAAUGCGGCUGGCCAUAUGAAUCGUUGGAGGCAUUAUUAACUCAUGGCAAACGUAAGGGACAUAAUGUAAAGGAGGUUAUUACCAUAACCAAACGGGAUGGAAGAAUGCCCGUGAAUCAGAAAGCGGGGAAAUACAGGUCACAAACAUCAGCUGGAGCAGUGGAAGUUGUUGUGGAUAAUAAAAAUAAGAUUUUGAAAGAAGACGAAAUAAAUGGCAAUCAGCCAAAUCAGUCGGCCGAAACAAAUCUCUGUCCAAAUCAAAUGUCAGCCGGUGUACAAACCGAAUGUUUUCCAGAAAUGAUGCAUUACCCAAAUAAUAUUCAAGAUAUUUGCACUGAACUGGAGGACAUACACUCCCUUCUGAGAGAUAUCGAGACACAAACGGAGCCCUUGCUCUCGGUAAACCAAAACGAUUUAGAUCAAAUGUUGGCCCAAUCCUCCCACAUGUACACACAGACAUGUGAUGAUUUUCUCAGCGAGUUGGGUCUGGCCGACAUACAGACCCAAACAAAUUGGCCGUCGCCACAACGAAAUGUCGACGAGAAGCUACAAUACACUUCGACGGCUACUUCGACCAAUCCCUGUAUACACGAUGAGCUAUUAGUGUCCACAGAGACUCAAACUAGUUUCACUCAAUGUCUGUUGAAUUCUUGUACAGACACUGGAACCAGCACACCACCCGUGAGUUUUGGUAGUCUUUAUCAUACGUCGCAACACACGCAAACGUGUGAUCCGUAUUUGGAAAGUUUUGAUUUUGGUGGACAAGCAUCAGAUUUAAUGGAUGGAUUUCAAUCAACCUAUACCCAGACAUGAUGGUACGAUUGGGAUUUUGAGGAUAGCUUGGAUAGAGGUGGCGGCGGUGGUGGGAAUACGGUAGCAAAUAAUGCUGAAGCAGUCAAUGGCCACACCGUUUAUGAAACGCAAUGUUAUAAUGCCAAUGCCAUUGGUGUUGGUAGAGCUGGCUCCAUAAAAGGAGGUAAAAUUAUGAAAACAAAAACAUAUAGACAUUAGAUGGAAGACACUUGGAAAUAACUACAAGUAUACGAAAUAUUAGGAAAAUUAUUGAAUGUCAAUGUAAUAUGCAAAAGCCCAUACAUACGUAAUUUAAUUAUUAAAAAAAUAUACAAAUAUUUAAUUCAAAAAUUAUUGAGAAUCCAAAAAAAAACAUUUUUGAAUAAAAACCAGUAAUGAAAUUCUCUUCCUCUUCUCUCGCUUUGUGGCAUCCGCACAGUGUUUUUAAGUCUUACUAUGCAUUUCCUUAGUAUUCAGCUACAGAUAAUGUCAUGGAAGAUAAAGUUAGUUUUUUUGUUGAUGAUAAAAGUGUACGGGAGAAAGGGUCUAUCGCGUGGUAAAAGAAUAUAGGUAGAUGCAACAACGCUUGGGAACAUUAAUAUG